AUGGCCGCGAACUCAACACCAUCUGCCGUGGCAGAGCCGUCUGCAGUAGAGUCUGGGUCCGUCGACACUAGCCCGCUCAAGAAAACAUGGUACCGGUCGACGCUUUUUAACGCUUUUGUCAUUGGCAUUGUCGGUUUCCUUGCCCCGGGCCUAUGGAAUGCGAUGAACGCCCUUGGAGCUGGCGGAGCCCAAGAGCCUUUCCUCAUCAACGCCGCUAACGCACUGGUUUUUGGGCUCAUGGGGUUCCUUUGCCUGUUUGGAGGUCCAAUCGCCAACCGAAUUGGAUUGGACUGGACGCUCUUCCUAGGUGCAGUCGGCUAUCCCGUUUACUCGGCUGGUCUCUACGCCAACAAUCGGUUCGGCAACGUGUGGCUGGUUCUGCUCGGGGCAGCUGCAUGCGGCAUCUCGGCUGGUCUGUUCUGGGCGUCCGAAGGUGCUGUUGCGCUCGGAUACCCAGAGCCAGAGAAGAGAGGCAAGUACAUGAAUAUUUGGCUCUGGUUCCGGACGGGCGGCCCUUUACUCGGCGGUGUCAUUGUACUGGCACUCAAUCACAGCGCUGAGGCGAAGAAGAAGGGCAAGGUCGACGCGCAAACAUACCUCGUCUUCGUGGCCUUGCAAUGCCUGGCCGCGCCUGUCGCCUUACUUCUAUCGCCCCCGGGUAAGGUUCAGCGUACAGACGGCAGUAAAGUCAUUGUGCGGGCCGAGAAAAGCCUCAGAGCCGAGUUUGUAGCACUGUGGAAGGCCAGCUUGCGCAAGGACAUCCUACUUCUGCUUCCUAUUUUCUGGGCAUCCUACUUCAAUCAGUAUAACGGCAACUUUCAGACCUAUUACUUUGGUGUCCGCGCCCGCGCCCUCAUUGGGUUCAUCAGCAACUUCGGCACGCUCUUGUCGUCACAGAUAAUGAGCAUGCUGCUGGACUACAAAGGAUUUCCGGUCAAGAAGCGAAUCGUCGUCGGUUUUUGGUAUUCCGUGGCGCUGCACAUUGUUGCUUGGGUCUACGGCUGGGUCAUCCAAGAGAAAUAUACGGCAAAUCCGCCAGCCUGGGACUGGGAGGACGCUGGAUUCGUCGAGGGGUUUUUUGUUCUACUCCUGUGGGAUUUUGCACGCCAGGCUCUGCAGAACUGGCUGUACUACUUCUUGGCUACGAAGACCGACAACAUCUCCGAGCUAAGUCGGUUCUGCGGUAUCCUACGAGGCCAAGAGAGCUUUGCGCAAGCCGUGAGCUUCGGACUCAACACGAAGCAAUGGCACGGUGGGCGAGUUCCCCUGGCUAUAAACACGAUCCUCCUUGGCCUCUCCGUGUUUCCAACAUGGCUUGCUGUAAAGGGCCAUGUACCGGUCGAAACACCCAAGUCUAGUGCACUCCAUCAAGACAGCGAUGAAUUUGUGUCGGUAGACACCGCAAAGAUCAGCAACAAUGAGAAAAACGAGGUUUCCGUGGCCGAGUCAAGCAGAGGAACUACCAGUGGAAUUUAA